AUGGAGGACAAGGACACCGAACUCCUCUCUAGGGUCACCGCAAACCACUUAUUCCUUGGACAAUUCGAGCCAUUUCGGGCCACGCUCCGCAGCCUCCGUGCCCGGAACCCGGACAUCGCCCGGACCAUUCUACAAACGAUUAUUUCACAGGGCGGGUGUAUGGGUGUACCAGACCCGGUUCUAUGGUCCGAAUCAUGCCCUUCCCCUGCAGUCCUCACAUUCCUCUGCACACUCGAGCUGCUCCAGUUCCCAGACGCCACACUUAAUCUCUGGUCAUUCGGCCCGGAUAUGUUGAAAUUGCGGGCUGAAUUUUUGUUGUAUGUACAUAUUGUUAGUUCUAGAGUUUCGAAAACAGCUGUUGAUGGUGGAUACUCGGAGGGAGCUGAGAAACUUGAUGAGGGCGGUAUGAAGAAUGAGGAGCUGGGAGUCCUGGAUAGACUUUCAAGGGUUGGAUUGAACAGAUUGAGGCCGGAUUUGUUUGAUUCAGGAGAUAAGGAGGAUAAGGUUCUUCCCGACUUGCUUGAAGAGGAGCUAAUGUCGUUGAAAGGGGUUAUUUUGGAGAAUUCUGAUAUUUUUGAUGUGAUGUGUGUGAAUAUUGGCGAGCAAGUUGGGUGCAUGGGGAAUGAUGAUUCAGGUGGACUGGCGAUUGCUUUGAGAAAUGAGGCGAGGCGGCACGAGGAUAGGAAGGAGGAUGAGGUACUCAAGUUUGUUCAGAAGUGUGUUCAGGUAGCACAUAUUGAUGCCAUGAGGCUGUGUUUGAAAAAUGGUGAAGAGGAUCUCGCGAUUUCACAUGUUAGGUUUCUUCGUUUGGACUGUGGAGUUGAAGAGGCAGAGUAUCGCACGGUAUUGCAAGAUCUCCUAAAAAAGGUGUUGUCUGGAAUGUAUGAUUAUGGAGACACAGCACAUGCCAUACGAAAUAAAGUUCUUUUGAUAUAUACUGAAGCUCUUUCAUCUCGUUGCGCUCGCCUUGCUCAAAUACUUCAGCUCAUCCAAGAUUACUUGCUCCUCCAAGAUAUUGAGGCCUACAGUGCUUCUGAAAGCAACAGGACUCCUCUUCCCCUCGAACAUCUUCAAAAGUUCUUCACGCGAUUGACACCUGAGACCUUAUCGGCUGGCACACCUGAGUCGUAUAAAAUGGCAACAGCUGUUUGCAUGAGAGAAAUGUAUCAUUAUGUUCGUGUUCGAGGCUUGCAUGCACUCGAGUGCGUUGUGGAUGCUGCUUUAUCUCUUGUCCAGAACGAGCAGGUUCAAGAAGCCUGCCAGGUGCUUAUGCUGUUCCCCCGUCUUCAACCCCUGGUAGCUGCCAUGGGUUGGGAUCUUUUAGCUGGGAAAACAACAAUGAGAAGGAAACUGAUGCAGUCUUUGUGGACAAGUAAAUCACAAGCUCUUCGACUGGAAGAGUCUUCUCCGUAUGAUAAUAAGCUAGAUGAGGCACCUUGUGUUGAACAUCUUUGUGAUACAUUAUGCUACCAUCUUGAUAUUGCAUCUUUUGUUGCCUGUAACAAUUCCGGUCAAUCAUGGAGUCGGAAAUCCUCCAUUUUAUUAUCUGGAAAAGACUUAGCAGCACAUGGGAAUCAAGAUGCUCACUUUGAUCCAUUUGUGGAAAAUUUUGUACUGGAGAGAUUGUCAGUCCAGAGUCCUCUUCGGGUAAUUUUUGAUUUGGUUCCUGAGAUAAAGUUCCAAGAUGCAGUCGAACUUCUUAGCAUGCAGCCCAUCCCUUCGAAUUCAUCAGCUUGGAAGAGGAUGCAAGAUUUUGAACUUAUACGCAUGAGAUAUGCACUUGAAUCUGCUGUUCUGGCCUUUGGAGCUAUGGAAAAGAAUACUAAUGAUGGAACAGGAGACCAUCAGAAAGCGUUAUAUCACUUGAAAGCACUAAAGAAUCAUCUGGAUGCAAUUGCCAAUACUUCUCGCAAGGUAUACAUGGUGAAUAUUGUUAUCUCACUCCUUUGCAUAGACGAUUUACAAAUUGAUUUGGCGAUCUAUGAUCAAGUGAGAGGAAAUUCCUUAUCGUCUAAUGUCCAUUGUGGGGAACAAGAUGAUUUCGCAACCCAUAAAGGGGGAAAUAAGAUGGUUGUCUCCUUUACUGGACAAGUAUUAGAUAUUUUACGGCAACAACUACCAUCAUCAACUGAUCUGGAUAAUUCCUUGGGUGCUCUUAUAUCUGCCGAAAGUAAACAAGCGUUAGAAUGGAGAAUCUUGAAGGCAAAACAUUUUAUUGAAGACUGGGAAUGGCGGCUGUCGAUUUUGCAAGGCCUCCUGCCAUUGUCUGAACGUCAAUGGAGGUGGAAGGAGGCUUUAACUGUGUUCCGUGCUGCACCAUCUAAGCUUCUGAAUCUAUGCAUGCAAAGAGCGAAAUAUGACAUUGGAGAGGAAGCCAUCUCUCGUUUUUCCUUACCUCCUGAAGACAAAGCGAUACUGGAAUUGACUGAAUGGGUGGAUGGUGCCUUCAAAAAAGCUUCUGUGGAGGAUCUGGUGUCUUGUGCUGCUGAUGAAACUUCUGUUCAAGAAUUGGAUUUCUUCUCAUUGCGCUCUCAGUUGGGUCCUUUGGCUUCGAUUCUUCUGUGCAUGGAUGUUGCUGCUGCAUGUUCGAAGCUGCCUAACGUGUCUCUAAAACUACUGAAUCAAGCUCAAAUUAUGCUUUCGGAGAUCUAUCCUGGAAGUGCUCCAAAAUCUGGAUCAACUUAUUGGGACCAAAUCCGUGAGGUGGCUAUAAUAGCUGUGGUCAAGCGCGUCCUCAAGCGUCAGUGUGAAUUAUUGGAACAGGACAAGCCUUUAGCUCCUCAGGCUCUUUUAUCAGGUGAAAUAAUCCUUCAAUCACCAAAAGAUUCUUAUCGACAAGGUAACAGAGAUCGUGCUCUUGUCAUGCUUCAUCAAAUGAUUGAAGAUGCUCAUAAGGGCAAACGGCAGUUCCUUAGUGGUAAGCUUCACAAUUUAGCAAGAGCUAUUGCUGAUGAAGAAACGGAAAGGGAUCAUACGAGUGAGGCUAGUGGGGAGGGUUCACUUUCUGAAGUGAAGGGAUUACCUAUCCUUGACAGGAAUGUGGUUCUUGGGCUUGGUUUAAGAACAUUAAAGCAAUCACUUGUAACUUCAGAAGCAGGUGAAAGUAACAUAAACUCUGCAAGUUAUGAUGCUAAAGAUUCAGAAAAAAGGCUUUUUGGCCUUUUUGGUUCCAAGAUCACGACAUUCCUGUCACAAUUCAUUCUCCACAUUGCUGCAAUUGGCGACAUUGUUGACGGGACGGAUACCACUCAUGAUUUCAAUUAUUUUUCCCUAGUUUAUGAGUGGCCCAAAGACCUUUUAACUCGUUUAGUGUUUGAGCGAGGGAGCACUGAUGCAGCUGGAAAGGUUGCCGAAAUAAUGAAUUCAGACUUUGUUCACGAAGUAAUAACUGCAUGUGUACCUCCUGUUUACCCUCCGAGAUCUUGUCAUGGUUGGGCUUGCAUUCCUGUGAUUCCUACUCUACCUAAGAAUUAUACUGAAAACAAGGUUCUCUCUCCUUCUUCCAGAGAAACUAAACCCAAGUUUUACACUCGUUCGUCUGCUACUCCUGGUGUCCCUUUAUACCCUCUUAAGUUGGACGUAGUGAAACAUCUUGUCAAGUUAUCUUCUGUCAGGGCUGUCCUGGCAUGUGUGUUUGGGAGUACUAUGUUGUACCAUGGCAGUGAUCCUGCUAUCUCUGGUUCGUUGAAUGAUGGCUUGAUGCCGACGCCUGAUGUUGAUAGGGUUUUCUACGAAUUUGCUCUUGAUCAAUCAGAGAGGUUCCCAACCUUGAAUCGCUGGAUACAAUUGCAAACUAACCUUCAUCGAGUUUCUGAGUUUGCUGUCAUGAUUGAACAUAGCAUGGAUGGUGUUAAAGACAAUUUAGAACCCAAAACUGCUAUGAAACGGUUUCGUGAAAGUGAUAGUGAUACUGAAUCAGAAAGUGAUGAUAUGCCUGUAGGCAAUAACAUUCCAUCUUCUCUGCCAGAGGUUAAGGAUAAAAGCAAUUUGGCUUCUGAUGCCUCGCUGGAAUCUCCAAAAUCUGAAACUGCUGGACGUGAUAAUAGAGUUUUCUUGUCUUUUGAUUGGGAAAACGAAGGACCCUGCGAAAAAGCUGUAGAGAGAUUGAUUGAUGAAGGAAAAUUGGUGGAUGCUCUUGCUCUUUCUGAUCGCUUCUUGCGCAAUGGGGCCUCAGAUGGGUUACUUCAGAUGCUCAUUGAAAGUGGCGAGGACGAUACAUUUGCAGAACAGCCUCAAAGUAGUUCAAGCCUUCGCAUCUUGAGCAAUAGUUGGCACUAUUGUCUUCGCCUGAAGGAUAAGCAGCUGGCAGCUAGACUUGCUCUGAAAUAUUUGCAUAGAUGGGAGCUGGAAGCGGCUUUGGAUGUUCUCACUAUGUGUAGCUGUCAUUUGCCUGAUGGUGAUCCACUUAAAAUUGAGGUUGUUCAAAGGAGACAAGCCCUGUGUAGAUACAAACACAUUUUAUGUGCAGAUGAUCGCUACAGUUGCUGGCAAGAGGUUGAGACAGAUUGUCAAGAAGAUCCUGAGGGUCUGGCACUUAGAUUGGCCGAAAAAGGAGCAGUUUCUGCUGCUUUAGAAGUGGCAGAAAGUGUGAAACUUUCCAUUGAACUUCGUAGAGAACUUCAAGGCCGUCAACUUGUCAAGCUUCUCAAUGCAGACCCUGUAAACGGAGGGGGUCCCGCUGAAGCUUCUCGAUUUCUCUCUUCUCUCCGUAAUUCUGAUGAUGCUUUGCCUGUUGCCAUUAGUGCAAUGCAGCUAUUGCCAAACCUUCGAUCCAAGCAGCUUCUUGUGCACUUCUUCCUGAAGAGAAAGCAUGGAAAUCUGUCUGAGGUUGAGGUCUCCAGGCUAAACUCAUGGGCUUUAGGUCUUCGUGUAUUAGCAGCCUUGCCAUUGCCAUGGCAGCAAAGAUGUUCGUCCCUUCAUGAGCACCCUCAUUUGAUUGUAGAAGUUUUGCUGAUGAGGAAGCAACUGCAGUCUGCAUCUCUGAUUCUUAAAGAGUUUCCUUCAUUGAAAGACAACAGCAUGAUUUUGUCAUAUGCUGCCAAAGCUAUUGCUAUCAGCAUGAGUCAUCCUGUCAGGGAUUCUAGAAUUUCAGUUUCUGCACCACGACCAAAGCAGAGAACAAAAUCUACCACACCAACACGGUCAUCGUUUAGUAGCAGCCUGAGUCAUUUGCAAAAAGAGGCUCGUAGAGCAUUUUCCUGGACCCCUCGUAACUCCGGAGAUAAGGGCGCACCGAAAGAUAGUCAUAGGAAGAGAAAGAGCUCUGGAUUAUUGCAGUCUGAUAAAGUUGCUUCGGAGACCAUGACUGGAAUUCAGGAAGACCAUGUUUCAGUGUUUACUACAGACGGGCAAGAACGACUUCCUUCUGUUUCAAUUGCAGCAGAAUGGAUGUUGACAGGUGAUCUGAAGAAGGAUGAACCUGUUCGUUCUUCUCAUCGAUAUGAAAGUGCUCCUGACAUUACUUUGUUCAAGGCAUUGCUUUCAUUAUGUUCAGAUGAAAGUGCAUCCGGCAAAGGUGCUUUGGACUUGUGCAUUAAUCAGAUGAAAAAUGUUUUGAGCUCCCAGCAGCUACCUGAAAAUGCAUCUAUGGAGAUUAUUGGCCGAGCAUAUCAUGCAACAGAAACAUUUGUGCAGGGUCUGAUUUUUGCUAAAUCCCAGCUCCGGAAACUUUCUGGGGUCAGUGAUUUGUCCAGUAAUUCAGAAAAAGGCCGGGAAGCUGAUGAUGCAUCUUCUGAUGCUGGUAGCUCUAGCAUGGGUAGUCAAUCAACCGAUGAAUUGUCUGAAGCACUGUCACAGGUUGAUAUGUGGCUUGGACGUGCUGAACUGCUGCAAAGUCUUCUGGGAUCAGGCAUAGCAGCCUCCCUUGAUGAUAUUGCUGAUAAAGAAUCAUCUGAACACCUUAGGGAUCGAUUGAUCCAGGAGGAACGAUAUAGUAUGGCUGUAUACACUUGCAAGAAGUGUAAGAUUGAUGUUUUCCCUGUUUGGAAUUCAUGGGGUCAUGCCUUAAUACGGAUGGAACACUAUGCACAAGCUCGCGUGAAGUUCAAGCAAGCUCUUCAAUUACACAAGGGUGAUUCUGCCCCCGUGAUUCUAGAGAUCAUCAAUACUAUUGAAGGUGGUCCGCCAGUUGAUGUUGCAUCUGUUCGUUCUAUGUAUGAACAUUUAGCCAAAAGUGCACCAGCGGUCUUAGAUGAUCCUCUUUCUGCUGAUUCCUAUCUCAAUGUUCUUUACAUGCCUUCUACCUUUCCACGGUCAGAGAGAUCUAGGAGGUCACAAGAAGCAGCAAAGGAAUCUUCUCACAGCCUUGAUGAUGGACCACGCAGCAACCUUGACAAUGUCAGAUACCUUGAAUGUGUAAAUUACUUGCAAGAAUAUGCUCGUCAGCAUUUGCUGAGCUUUAUGUUUAAGCAUGGCCGAUAUAAGGAGGCUUGCUUCUUGUUCUUUCCUGCCAAUUCUGUUCCUCAACCACCUCAGCCUUCUCUGGGAACCGUUACAUCGUCUUCUUCUCCUCAAAGGCCUGAUCCUUUGGCAACUGAUUAUGGGACGGUUGAUGAUUUGUGUGAUAUGUGUGUUGGCUAUGGAGCGAUGCCUGUUCUGGAAGAAGUAAUAUCAUCAAGGAUUGCAGUGACACAGGAUCAGUUAGUGAAACAGCAUACUACUGCAGCCAUUGCGCGCAUAUGUGCCUAUUGUGAAACUCAUAAGCACUUCAACUAUUUGUACAAAUUUCAGGUGCUCAAGAAAGACCAUGUGGCCGCUGGCCUUUGCUGUAUUCAGUUGUUUAUGAACUCUGCUUCUCAAGAGGAAGCUAUAAAGCACUUGGAACACGCUAAGAUGCACUUUGAUGAAGGGUUGUCGGCACGAUAUAAGUUGGGAGAGUCUACAAAAGUUGUCACCAAAGGUAUUCGGGGAAAAACUGCCUCUGAGAAGCUUACUGAGGAAGGAUUGGUUAAAUUUUCUGCUCGUGUUGCCAUUCAGAUGGAUGUCGUGAGAAGCUUCAGUGAUGCAGAGGGACCUCACUGGAAGCACUCUAUUUUUGGCAAUCCAAAUGACCCUGAGACAUUCAGGAGAAGAUGUGAAAUUGCUGAAACUCUAGUGGAGAAGAAUUUUGACUUGGCUUUCCAAAUAAUAUAUGAAUUCAAUCUUCCAGCUGUCGACAUAUAUGCUGGUGUUGCUGCAUCGCUUGCUGAGAGGAAAAAAGGCGGCCAAUUAACAGAUUUUUUCAGAAACAUCAAGGGCACCAUAGAUGAUGAUGAUUGGGAUCAGGUCUUGGGUGCAGCAAUCAAUGUCUAUGCCAACAAGCACAAGGAACGUCCUGAUCGCCUCAUUGACAUGUUGACAAGCAGUCACAGGAAAGUACUGGCCUGUGUUGUUUGUGGUCGUCUAAAGAGUGCUUUCCAAAUAGCAUCAAGGAGCGGAAGUGUAGCUGAUGUUCAGUAUGUUGCGCAUCAGGCAUUACAUGCGAAUGCACUACCAGUUCUUGAUAUGUGCAAACAAUGGUUGGCUCAAUACAUGUAG